GUGGUGUUGUUGGUAGGUGUACCAGAAUUCCCUGAAAAGCCCCACCAAUUUUCUGGUUAUACCAAAAUCACUCCCAUCUCAUCUCAUGCCUCCAAAUUUCUUCACCUACCAAGUUUUCAAAUAAAACACACAUAAUUAAUUCACAAAACCCCAUCCCCGACCCCGAUUCUCUUUCAUUCAAGCCCCCAGUUUUGAUUCGAAUCGCGUUCUCAGUCUUUCCCUUGUUUUUUUCACCCACAGCUGAGAGACGCCCCCACCGGCCCAACUCCCUCGUAUAAAUUUGCUUGCUUUCAGCUGGGUGGCAAGUUGCCUGGGAAAACCGUGGGUUUUGGGGGGAUCGCUCAACUAUCGCUAGGAUGGAUUUGGAAUUCCUGCAGACAGUUGACCCUCAGAUCCUCGUGGGAGUUGCAGUGGCUGUUGUCGCCAUUGCCAUUGGUGCUAUCUUCCUCUUCUCUUCCAAGAAACCUAGAGGUGUCUUAGACCCUGAGAACUUCAGGGACUUUAAACUCGUCAAGCGCACGCAGCUUAGCCAUAAUGUGGCCAAGUUCACGUUUGCACUGCCUACUCCAACUUCAGUUUUGGGCUUGCCUAUUGGUCAGCAUAUUAGUUGCAGGGGCAAGGAUAGUCAGGGAGAGGAAGUAAUUAAACCCUAUACUCCAACUACGCUUGACUCUGAUGUUGGAUCUUUUGAGUUAGUUAUUAAGAUGUAUCCACAAGGAAGAAUGUCCCACCAUUUCAGAGAGAUGCGUGUUGGCGAAAGUCUCGCUGUGAAAGGACCCAAGGUACAAGUAUUGAGCAUCCUGCAGGGGUGUUGCUUAUUGGGCGUUUUAGAUACCAACCUGGCCAAGUUAGAGCUUUUGGAAUGCUUGCUGGUGGCUCUGGCAUUACACCAAUGUUCCAAGUACGCUCUGAAACUUAACUUUUCGGCUGUUGCCAGAGCCAUACUGGAAAACCCGAAAGACCAGACGAAGGUCCAUCUUAUUUAUGCCAACGUAACACAUGAUGACAUUUUGUUAAAGGAGGAAUUGGAAGGUCUUGCUUCUCGGUACCCUGACAGCUUCAAGAUCUACUAUGUCUUGAAUCAGCCCCCAGAGGUUUGGAAUGGUGGUGUUGGUUUUGUUUCAAAGGAAAUGAUUCAAACCCAUUUGCCAGCUCCAGCAGCUGAUAUCCAGAUUCUUAGGUGUGGACCGCCACCGAUGAACAAGGCCAUGGCAGCACACCUUGAAGCGAUUGGCUAUACCCCCGAGAUGCAGUUUCAGUUCUGAUCUAAACAUGUUUAUUCGAGCUCGGGAGCAAUUUCAAUUGCGCACUUUGUUGUAGUUGGCUUUCACCUAGUCUGAAUGAUGGUGAUCAUGCCCUCCUCUUAUCUGAGAACAAAAUGAAAUGUGCCUGCUUGACUUUUCAUUGCUCGUUGUGGAUGUUGAAACUAACAAAGAGCUCCUUAAGUUUUGGCUGAAAUUAAUGCUUUUAGGUUACAGAAAUUAGCCUUUGCCACCUAAGAACUUGUUAUCUACAUAUUACUUUUACAACGAACGUCACGGCUUGUUGCCAAAAUUGACACAAAGCACGGCCAUGAUGAUGCUGAUCCGGAGGCAAGAUGGUCUCAUGUAGCACCAGUUUGAAGGAGUGCCGAGGCUAGAGGGUCAAGGAAGCCGUGGUUGGGGAAGAAUUUCAUACUCAGGUGAACAUUGAACAAAGUAGAUAGUGGAGACUGAAGACUAGGGGCAGUCAAGAAUGAGGGCAAAGCUUCCUUGGGAG